AACAGCUGCCUCUGGACACCACUCUCCCCAGGGACUGGAAGACGCUAUAGCAUCAGGUCCAGAAAUGCCCUUGGUGUGUUUGACAGACUUUCAGGCUUAUGCCCAAGAGCAUCUUUCUAAGUCAACUUGGGAUUUUAUUGAAGGAGGAGCUGAUGAAUGCUUCACCCGUGAUGACAACAUGGCAGCGUUUAAAAAAAUCCGUCUCCGCCCCCGGUACCUGAGAGAUGUGCAAGAGGUGGACACCCGGACCACAGUCCAAGGGGAGGAGAUCACAGCCCCCAUUGGCAUCGCGCCCACGGGUUUCCACUGCCUCGUCUGGCCAGACGGAGAAAUGAGCACAGCCAGAGCCGCCCAGGCAGCCGGGGUCUGCUACGUCACCAGCAUCUAUGCUAGCUGUCCCCUUGAAGACAUUGCUGCCGCGGCCCCCAGGGGCCUCAAGUGGUUCCAGCUCUACAUGCAGCCAGACAAGCAGCUCAACAAGCAGCUGGUCCAGAGGGCUGAAUCCCUGGGCUUCAGAGCUCUGGUCAUCACUGUGGAUGCACCCAAAAUUGGCAACAGGCGACGUGACUUUCGAAACCAGCUGAACUUAAAGAUGAACUUGUUGCUGAAAGACCUUCGCUCGCCUAAAGAGAGAAAUUCAAUGCCUUAUUUCCAGAUGUCCCCCAUUGACUCAUCCUUCUGCUGGAAUGAUCUCUCCUGGCUUCAGAGCAUAUCGCGAUUGCCCAUCAUCCUUAAAGGGAUCUUGACAAAAGAGGAUGCAGAGUUAGCUGUGAAACACAAUGUCCAUGGCAUCAUUGUUUCCAACCAUGGUGGGAGGCAGCUUGAUGACGUUCCCGCUUCUAUCGAUGCCUUGACAGAAGUGGUGGCUGCCGUGAAAGGGAAAAUGGAAGUGUACCUGGAUGGUGGGAUCCGAACUGGCAACGAUGUGCUCAAGGCUCUGGCCCUUGGGGCUAAGUGUGUGUUUCUGGGGAGACCAGUCCUGUGGGGUCUUGCCUAUAAGGGUGAACAUGGCGUUGAGGAAGUUUUGAACCUUAUAAAAAAUGAAUUCCACACUUCCAUGACCCUCACAGGUUGCCGGUCGGUUGCCGAGAUCAGUCAGGACCUGGUCCAGUUCUCCAGGUUGUAAAGAAAGAGGGCUAAUGACCAGACUGCUGAGGUUGCCCACAGGGGGAAGACAAACUCAUAGUGUGAUGCGUGAUGCCUUCCCGCCUUGGCCCCAUCCUAUCCAGAGGCUCAUCCCCUGCAAGUUCUAUCAUUCUACCCCUUGUGCUUCAGGCCCUCCAAAUCCCUCCUCUUCCUCAAAUGUGACAUGCUCUUCUUUGCCUCACUGCUUGUUAUAUGUUUUUGCUUAA